UCCUGAAGAGAGGAGGGGAGGAUUUAUCAGAACAAAGCGGAAUCAUUUGCACAUUUUGCUGCACACACAGUGGAAAACGGGAUUAUAUUUUGGAUUUUUUGCUAUUUUUGGACUGUUUCCUGCUUCUUGCUCUACAGGAGCUCUCAUUGUGGUGGGAGUGAGGGUCCCCUCCUUUUGUGUUGCUCUGCAGUUGUUCAUUCACACCAACUUCUGCCCCCUGUUUCCCCAAAAUAGGAGGUUUCAUUUCUGUUUUUCUUGUUUCGGCCUAAACGGAAUGAAUGACAAAAACAAAGGAGGUUGAUGUCCAUAACUCUCCGACUCACCUCUUCUUCGCCUCGCCCAAGGAACGGAGACUCCAUCUCCGACAGAAGAUGGAAAGCGGAGGCGGGACGGAGGGCUCGGACAGCGGGCAGCAGCAGCACAACCCCCGGACUGAAAACGCGGAGCUCCCGGCGACGCUGCCCGCUCAGCCUCCCGGCGAGAAGAAGAAAAUAAACCGGGCUCCGUCUCCGGCCAGACCGAAGGAUGUACCCGGAUGGUCGCUCACGAAGAUCCGCGGAGGGAUUGGGACCCCUACCCUGAGCGUCAAACCGGGAGCCAUCCACCUGGGCAGCCGAAUUUCCAGGCGCAGCCCCGUGGGGAGUCUGGCCGGGAAGGACGGUAAAGCAGAGAGGAGCGGUGGAGGCAAACCGGCGGGCAAGUCCUCCUUCUCCGCCGGAGGGUUGUCCAAGAACUCGGCGGCCAAAGCGGGCAAAAGCACCGGAGGGCGGAGGAAGGUGUCGGACGCCAGCAUCGGAUCCGACGAUUUAUCCAAGGACUCAGGCUGCGCCACAGGGAAGCUCUCCCCGACCGACAGCAGCUCCGAGCUAUCGGACUGCGCCUCUGAGGAAAACAAGCUCUCCACGGACGCUGUGAGCAGCGACGCCGAAUCGAGGAGCAGCCGGGGCGGUGGGCCGGACGGAGACAAGCCGCCCAGGGACGGCGCAUUGGCGGACAGAGCUAGCCAACAAGCUGCCGCCAAGACCAGCUGCUCCUCCGCGGAGAGGGACUACAAGGACCGGCUCUCCCUGGCCGUGGAGACCGGGGAAGGGAGCAUAUCCCCCGGCGAUGAGCGCUCGGUCACCUCGUUUGACAGCAGGGUGCCUGCCAGCACAUCCCUGGCUUUCUCAGACCUCACAGAGGAGUUUAUGGACGGCAUGCAUGAGGAGUUUGUCCGGGAAAUAGAAGAGCUGAGAUCCGAGAAUGAUUACCUCAAAGAUGAGAUGGAGGAGCUGAGGUCUGAGAUGCUGGAGAUGAGGGACAUGUACAUGGAGGAAGAUGUCUACCAGCUGCAGGAACUACGGCAACAGCUGGACCAGGCAAAUAAGACCUGCCGCAUCCUGCAGUACCGGCUGAGGAAGGCAGAGCGGCGCUCUCUCCGCGUGGCCCAAACAGGGCAGGUGGAUGGAGAACUGAUACGAACGCUGGAGCAAGAUGUCAAAGUGGCGAAGGACGUGUCCAUCCGUCUCCACAGCCAGCUGGACAGUGUGGAAAAGAAGAGGAGCCGUCUGGAGCAGGAGAAUGAGGAACUGAGGGUUCGACUGCAGGACCUGGAGGUUGCCAAACAGGUCCUGCAGCAGGAGAUUGACAAGAACUCCCAGAAGAAAAGAGGAGCACGACCCAACAACAAACCUGACAAGAAGCUUGGUCCACAGGAGGACAGUUCAGACCUGAAGUGUCAGCUCCACUUUGCCAAAGAGGAAUCAGCCCUGAUGUGCAAGAAGCUGACAAAGCUGGUGAAGGACAGUGAGGCCAUGAAGGAGGAGCUGGCGAAGUACAGGUCGCUGUACGGAGAUGUCAACGCCUCGCUAACCGUGGAGGAGGUUGCUGACUCCCCCCACACCCGUGAGGCGGAGAUCAGAGUCCACCUGAAGCUGGUGGAGGAGGAGGCCAACCUGCUGAGUCGACGCAUCGUGGAGCUGGAGGUGGAGAACAGGGGGCUCCGAGCUGAGAUGGACGAUAUGAAGGGACCCCAAGAUGGUCUUCAAGAAAUUACUGGGGUUGGUGGUGGUCUCGGGGCAGGUCUUAGUCUAGGAGGAGGGGCCAUGGUACUCGGGGGAGGGGCUUCAUCUGAAAACGUCAUGGAGCUCCAGAGACACCUCCAGUUUGUGGAGGAAGAGGCGGAGCUACUGAGGAGAUCUCUAAUCGAGAUGGAGGAACAGAACAAACUCCUGAUGAAUGAGAUUAACCGCUUUAAAUCUGAACUCCCACCGCCAACGUCCACGCUGUCGUCCAACUCACUAACGUCGCUGACGGACGGGCUGCUCAACGACAGCCCGGUGCACUCCAUACAGGAAGGGGCGGUGCUUAUCAGCACAGACGCCCCGGCCCAGGAGGAGGAGAUCAGAUUGGCGAGGCUUCAGAUUGGAGAACUGAGCGGGAAGGUAAAGAAGCUGCAGUACGAGAACCGAGUGCUUCUGUCCAACCUGCAGCGCUGUGAUCUGGCCUCCUACCAUGCUCCUUCCUCCUCCUCCUCCUCUUCCUCCUCACUACGACUGGCUUUGGAGACUGACGCAGAGGCCGGAGACUCAGCUGAGUGCCUCCCCACCAGCCCGCCCCACCGCAAAGAGCCAGUAGGGGGUGAGAAUGACGCCCUGGAGAUCAAGGAACGGAAAAAGAAGAUCGAGGACAACGCUGACGCAACAACCUCGCUCCCUGGGUGCCUGGGGCAGAAGGACCAUGAUGCCUUGCUGGCCAUGAGGGACCAGGCUCGCUUGGUUUCCACGGCGAUACAGCUCCUGACCUCCCCCGAGUCUAACUGCCUCUCCUCCUCCCCAUCCAUAUAUCACAAGGUCUGCAGCAACGACGCAGCAGAGCCGUGUGACCUGGAGAAACCUCAGCCUCACAGCCAGAUUUCAGAGCUGUCUGACCUGUCGGACCGGCCUCUGGUUGGUGCUCUGACCAGCAGGCUGCAGGCCCUACACACCCAGCUACAGGCCUUUGUGGAGCGGGUAGACAACCUGGGUAAACCCCCAGCAGGUGGGAGAGACCCUCAGGUGGAAGGAGCGUCUCCUCUGGCCUCACCUUGCGCCUCCCUGCCCUGCUCUGGAGACGGCCAGGAUGGACUGAACACUGCUGAGGAGAAGCAGCCUGAUUAUAGGGACCAAUCAGAACCGGAGGUGGAAGGUCAAACUGAGGAGAACAGCCAAUCAGACAUCAAUGAGACUCAAAAGCAGGAAAGCAGCCAGCUGGAACAGGGAGAGAAGGAGGCAGAUGAUGCACUGCCGGUCCAGUCCAGUGACCUCCAGGCUCGGCUGUCUGAAGUGGAGGAGUCGGCUCUCGGGCCUCAUGAGGAGUUGGAGAAUGAGAGGCUGGCUCGGAGAGAAACCACUCUGAAACUCACACAGCUGCAGGAGGAGCACCGGAAGGCUCUGCUCCGCCGGGACUUCCAGCUGCAGAGUUUGGGUCUUCAGGCUCGGCUUCAGCAGAAGCUGUGGAGCCAGGAGAGGACUCUGCUGGUCCAGGAGUCUCAGCACCUCAAACAGGCCCUGUUACUGCUCAGCCUCAAACUGCGCUGCUUCCUCAAACAGUGGAGGCUGGGCUGCAAGAAGGACACAGAGUCGAAAGACAUCUUGGAGAUGAACAGCCUUAAAGACCUCUACCUACUCUUGGAGGAGGAGAACCUGACGAGCCCCGCCCACCAGACGGACAAGAGGGCCGCUGCAGACGAACAACCUCUCAGCCCAACUAUCAAGUCCAGCGCUGUGACUAGCACCUUGGCAGACCUGAAGGUGGCCCUGCAGGAUCUGAGUGGAGAGUUGCGACAGGAGAGACAAGGCUCCCAGGAACUCACCCAGCAGUUCGCAAAGGCCAAGGCAUCGUGGGAAGUAGAGAGGACCGAACUGAAGAGCCUCAUCACACAGCUUGAGACCAAAGGAGGCAAAGCAGCAGCAGCAGCUCUGUCCGCCACUGAGCUGGAACCUCCAGACCUGAAGGUGGCGCUCAAGAGGGAGCGCGAAGAACACCAGCACCUCCUGGCCGAUUCCUAUGCAGCGGUGAUGGACCUGACUAAACAGAUUCAGAUCGGAGAGAGAAACUGGGGCAGGGAGAAGCUUGAGCUGCUGGAAAGGUUCAGCCAGGAGAGAGCUCAGUGGGAGCAGAGACUGAGAGAGGCCACUGCACAACAGGGGAAGUCGAAGUCAUUAGGUGGCGAGUCCUCUGCAGACACAGUGGUUGCUAAUGGAACUGUAUCACCGAGAACCAGAUCUACAUCGGAGCUGGAUGGCCCAGAGGUUAACGGGACAGCCAAUCAGGAGGAGAAGAUCCAGUUUGCUGUCCAGUCCCUUUUGAUUCGCCCAGAACUGGGUGACCUCACCAGGAAGAACUGGACCUACCUGACCAAUGAGACACCAGAGGUUGGGGACACCUGUAAAACAUGGGACGGCCCCACCGGCUCCUACAGCAGCUUAGUGGGAUCAGAGCUGGAUUUGGAGUCCGUCCAGAGGAGCUAUACUGCUCCAGACCGCACUGGCAUCCGGAUCUACUACAGUCCUCCUUCUGUACGACGUAUGGAGCACCGAAGACAGAACCAGGACGCCAGAGAGCCGCAGCAGGCCCAGAACGGGAGCUCUUCCCCGGGGCUGAGUGGCUCAAACGGGGGCGUGGCUGCGGUGGGAACCCUGGAAGUUGAGCAGCAACAGCCUCCAUCCUCCUUUUCUUCCUCAUAUGAGCAGUGGCUGUGCUCACUGUCCAAGCAGCACAGGGAGCUGCUGGAGAGCAGAAGUGGCUGCAUCGCCAGUUCGAUCCCCAUUGUCGUCAACAACGGCAUCAGUGGCUCAGCUAACAGUUUGGUUGAUGGGAUGACGCCCUCGUCAGCUUUCCACGGCCUUGAGAUCGGGGAGAUUUCAGCCAAUUUAAGUGAUGACAUGAAGGAGAUGACUAACUGUGUCCGCCAGGCCAUACGCUCUUCCUCUCUGGAGAGGAAAUCCACCAAGGAACCAGGAAGUCAGGCGGUUGGUAUGUCCACCAGGUCCACGCAGACUGCUUCAUCGUACGUCAGCAUCGGGCUUCAAACCGACAACCUUCCAAACAGCAGAGGGAUGGGGUUACACUCCAAAGCCUGGUCUCCUCGCCCCUCUCCAACGACCACCUCCUCGCUGGCAUCAGCUCGAACCCGGCAGAUAUCGACAUCACUGGAUAAAGUUCACAGCCGCAUCGAGAGGCCAUGCUGUUCGCCCAAGUACGGAUCACCGAAACUACAACGCAGAGUGUCAUCUGGCUCCACUUCCAGAUUGGAUGGGACGUCUUCCUCCAGAGACCGGAGCCUGUGGAGCCUCCAGCAAAGAUCCAUCAGUGGUGGAGGAGGCUCAGCCUGGGCUCGCUCCACCACCACCAGGGACAGCCCCGUCCUGAACGGCCUCACAGACGGCCUCUCCAGCCUCUUCAGUGUGGUGGAACACUCUGGAAGCACAGAGUCGCUCUGGAGGGGUGACGGAGGAGCCAGCCAGGGUGCCAGUCCAGCACGGCAGCCUCAUGCUGCAGGGAAACCUUCCUGUACGGCACUCUGUGGAUCUGACCCCAGCUCUCAGCGGUACGGAGGCCUGGUUCAGGAGUUCUUCAAGAACGUCUGCACAAGCCGUGCCCAGGCAGGAGUCGCUCUGCCUGUGGAGAGAGCACAAAGUAUGGGUGUCUUGGGUGGCAUGGAUGAGCCCAAGCCAGAAGGGGUUGGAGCGCUGGUUGGGUUGGGUGGAAGCAACGACAACGUGACCAGAAUUGUCAAUAAGAGGUUUAUGAGACAGACAGCUGGGGAGGAGAUGGUCAGUAUCAUGGGAGGAGGGAAAGAAACGACGAGCAACGCAGGAGCUGCAGGAUCUGGGACCGAGGAUGCACCCUGUGACUGUGCUGCCCAGUCUUCCUGCCUUGCGCGACCAUCAAGGGCAGCAACUCGCCAUUCGCUCGGCCAGUGCAAGCACCGCCCACAAGAGUCUCUGGCAACCGAGGAGAAGGGCGACGCCUGCAACGAGUGAUGAGACUACUGCCACAUGCAACACACACACACACAAAGCAAUACUGAUUCCUCACAAACACUGUACACCACUGCCAUAAAAACACAAUUUCGCACACUUCUCACAUCACCAAAUGUACAUACACACCUACAACCUGCCAAGCAGGCACACUGCCAAACACAUAACACACACACACACACACACACACACACACACACACACCGCUAGCACACUGCACAGACUGCCCCACAAACCCACUGCCACAUGCACACAUUCAUUAAAACACACACACACAACCCAGGCAAUAUUACACUUGUCUUGGACUAGACCAUUCUAAUGCCAAGGACAGGGAGGACUGAAACUACAACCAAGCAACAGAUCUAACCAUCACAACUACCAGCAGGGCAUAAACAUAAACACACACAUGAUCUUACACACUUAACUAAAAAAACAAACAACAAACUGCAAACUGAAGAGAAAUUAACAAGUAAAACUACGAUGUCAGGACUGGACCUAACAAACCCUCCCCCACCCUACUUUACAGAACAACAGGUACAACAUAUGGUCAGUUUUGAAGUGGAAAAUCCACCUUGAUGACACCAUGCUGUUGGACCAGCAGCCAUGUUGGAUUUACAGAUAAGCAAGGAGAAAGAAAGAACGUAGUCCCUGUCUGAAUAUGCAUUGAAAUAUGUUACUUUGGGAGCUACAGUGUAAAGCUGGAGAGGAGACGUAUGAUGUUUUUUCUGACACACACGUGCUGGGAAAGCCUUCUUGAUGGAUUAGCACAGUAACGCCUGAGCAAGUGUCUCCAACAUGGAUAUGAAAAAGUCAUCUUGAUGACACAUCUGCUUUGAUCGCAGACUAGUUUUCAGUGUUCUUCCUAUUGAAAUAGAUCACUAAAGGAAGAACAUAAGGACUACUGGACAACAUACCCCCAGCAUGACCAGACUUGGACUCCACUGUUGAAUGACUUGUGAGCUCUAUAAAUGAGACCAUAAAACUGAUCUGAGUGGACCUCCUUGCAUUGUUGUUUAGUUGCAAACCUAAACAACAAAAAGCUCUCCAGACUUAUUUAGAUGUAACUGUGUUCCCAGACGGACUUCAGCCACAAAUAUGAGGAUGUUUUGUGGCAUUGUAGCCAUGACUUAUACCUUGUAGAUGUAAGAAAACCUACUUCAAAAGUUGUCACUCUCCGGAGUCUGAUUGGAAAAUUGCAGUUUUGGUUUGAACCUGUUACAGCAGGCAGAAAGUGCCUGUUGGUUUUCAUAUUUCUGAGAUAUUUCUUCACUGAUUCACAUGUAAACCUCCGACGAUCGUUGAUGAUCUCAUGAAGACAUGUGGUGCACAGUCCCACAGCACACUGUCCUGAAGCUUUUUCAGUUGGUUACACUGAUUGGGGACCAUUUCUGAUUGCUUGCAAGGUUAACCUAAAACCCCAUCCUCAGAUUUUGUUUGGUAUUGGAUAGAGAUGCAUUGAUACCAUUUUUUCACUUGUUUUACCAGUUCUUCAGAGCACCUCAAGCACUAGUUUGGGAUCAUGCUACUGAAACCAAAACCAACACAUGAAAUGUAUUCCAUUUAGCUUCAUUCUGUUGAAAAAGUACAGAAAAUGAAGGUGGUUCGGAUUUUCAUGUCACCUGUGACUUUUGGGAUUUACAUAAUUAAGAAAUGCUUUAAUAACAAUAAUGAUAUUGACUUGAUGCCCAUCAGCUUUAUCGGUGCAUCCCUAUCCUCUUCGCUUCAUGGCAUCAAAUAUGAUGUGUGUGCUCAUCUGCCAUCAACCAGAAACACUCACUAACUCUAAAUCCAAGGAGAACUCAGUCAAUGCAUUCCUUUUAUUAGCGUCUUUCCCGGAUGUGUACUGUACGUGUGUGGAGGGGAUAGUUUUAAAAUACUCGCCUUUUACUUCCUCCUUUCUCUCACACACAACUGUCCUCAUGUUGUGGUACCAUGCCAACGGCGUUGCUACUGUACGAACCCUAUACGCAUUUUAGAAAUGUAGCAUUAUAAUGUUAAUCUUGGAAAGCAACAAGUUAAGAGUAGUUAAAGCACUGAGGGUUUUUACUUUUUAAGAAAUACAUUCAUGAAAUGUUUAAUUUACUUAAUUUGAUAUCUACAAACUAGUCAAAGUUGUUUUCCUAAAUUAAAAAUGGGUAUCGUUUUUUUUUUUACCUGCGUGGCAGUUCUGACGACAUCAAAUGUUUUUAAGAUGUCUGAACACAAAAUAUUUACUACUGACACAAAUGCUGUCGAGUCUUACUAGGGAAUUAUAAACAUAGAAAAAACACGGCAAACUAAAACCAAUCAUAUUUGGAAAGGGUAUUUAUUCCAUUUACUCCUCCUCUCCUUUUGUUUGCCAUCUUGUUCUUUUUCUAAUCAAUCAACAGAUAUUUAAAGUGCCUGUCAGAUUUCCUAUUAGUCAGCUCACACCAAAACUGGACUCCAUAUAAAAACACACAAACAAACCCAGCAGGCCUUUUUUUAAAAUGGGUAAGAUUGUUUUUAUGCAUGUAAUUGCGAUCAGGCUGUAGUAAAGCUACAGUAAAGUACUGUACCACAGGGGAGGAAGGACAAAAUGGUUUACAGGUAUAGUAGGAUGUAGUAUAUAUUAACUUUUUUUUAUACCAAGGGUUAUUGUAUUUCUGGAAAGUAAAUUAUUUUUGUUUUGUUUAUUUUAUAUGGACGUUUUUGCUGAUAUAUUACCCUGUUGUUUCUAUUCUAUUUAGUUAUCAUGGUGCUACUUAAUGUAAAGUCUGCUAUGGGCUCGCCUCCUUCAACAAGGCAUCUACCCAUCUCUCUAUUUAAAUGUGUCUCUUCCUCUGUCUCUGUAUGAGCAGCAGUUGAGCAUUUCUCCAUCUUUGCACACCAUUUAAUGACUCAGCAGUUUAAAAUAGGGCAUUACAGUAACAGUGCAUGUAUUUAAAUAACACAGUGAGGAAAACCCACAGUCUAAAUGCUGCUGUCUGUCUCCACUCCAGCCCUCACUGCUGGUAAAAACCAGCCGUCUGGAACCACCGCUUCAAAAGCUACUGGUCUGAUUGCCAUAGGAAUAGGCCGGCUUAUUUUUUUGACCACAAUUAUACAACAACAGGUAGUUUUAGUCAAGCCAGUCUGAUUGAAAAGAUUUUUAAAAAACUCAUAUAAACUCUUGCCCUAAAAGCGCAGCUAAUAAGGUUGAGUACAUGUUACAUUAUAUUUUCGUCUUUUAAAGCUUUUGAGUUUUUAAAUAGACACUACUGUCACUGAAGAAAACUAACCUGCUAAUACAGAUUACAGUAUGUAUAAUGUAACAGAUUAUACUGGUGCUGUUGGUCCUGUACUGGUGCAGAUAAGAAAGCCCGAUUUCCAAGCAUACCAAGACACAGUCUUUAGUUACUUGAGUUUUGACAACAAAGCUAACACGUUCAUUUAGCAAAGCAGCUACAAUAGUACAUCAGGACUUGUUUCCAACAGUUAUAUAACAUUAAUAGCAUGGUUAGCUGUUUGCAUUUGUUGCACAAAGGUAUGCGAAUGUUGUCUCUUUAAAAUUAAGGUUUUCAGUGGAGUAGGAGGCAUAUUUUAUCAAACCUCAGUACAAAUAUACAUCAAUGACCUCGGCUGCCACAUUUAGUCUAGUUUGCAUUUCAGCAUACCAACAUAUUAAAGUCGCCCAUGUUUAUUCCAACCAAGAGGUUCAAAGAAUCAAGGUUGAUAAUGAUACACUUCCCACUUUUGAGAAAUAGCAGCCACUAAUGGUUGCUUCUUAUGUUAGUGAACAAAUUACCGCAGGCUAGCUCACUUGCUAGCCAACAUGUUAUUGUCUACACUCAAAAUAGUUCAGACUCAUUAGUAUUGUCAUGGUAAGAGAGAAAUAAAAAAACAACUUAAUUAGUUUUUUCCAUUCACUGUGCCCCAUAAGCUUGGUGUCUCCAUUACGUCUAAACAUCUCUGUAUAGUGUAAAAAGAGCCUGCGUUGGUAGCACUGACAGUAUGUUGGUAGACAGUACACAGUGUAACAGCAGGAAGAGCUAACUGCAGGUUGGCAGAAGUCCUGUCUGCAGCAACCACAGUCCAAUAAUGACUCAGUCAUACCACAGUCUCUCCCACCACACACCAGGAUGAAUAGUCUCAAAUAACAAAGGAACAUUUAUCAUGCCCUAAUAUUAGGUUUGGCAUCAUUUCUGCUUUUUGGAUACACAGCAAAACUACAGAAUGGGUCAUGAUAAGCCAUUAAUCUUGGAUUCAUUCCUAAACUCUUUGCAUCACAUUUGAAAUCCAAACAUGACCACAUGUAAAACUGCAACAGAUACCAAUAACAGGUCCAAACAAUCAAUGGUAUUUUUGUUUUAAAAAUUGUAAAAUAAAAGCACAAACCUGAAACUAAUCUACUUUAAAAAAAAUGGACGGUUGAAGGUAAUUUUGAAAAGAGAUUUUGGUAUAAUGUACAAAACAGAAAGUAACUUUAAUCAUUCAGAAUAUCCGUACAAAUAUUUUGUUCUACCUCUUACAUUUAUAUCAUAUACUCUGAGACACGUCAUUAACUAACACCAAACAUAAUGUGUCUUUAGUGUAAUUGUGCAUCUUCUGAACAUAUUUGAUGCCUGUGUACCAGGGCCUUAGUCCUAUUGUCAUUUAGUCUUGCUGUCAAUGAGAAGGUCACUUUGUGCCUUUCCUCUACAAAGAUGUCUCAGUUUAGUUAAAACAUUUAUUUUCCUGCAAACAUUUGGCUCUAAACUAUGAUGAUCCAGAUGAAUUUCAUCGGGAGUUAAGAUUAAAUAUCGUAGGUGUAGACUUAUUUGUGUUUACAUUCAUCCUCAGCGGUUGCUCUACUACAUACAUUCUGACGGACAAUACGUGUUAAAAGCCAAUAAGGGACCUCAGUGUCAAGGUUUCAAGGGUACAUUAUGCCUUAGAAAUGAGUUUUGCUUCACUUUUGUGUGACCAGACCUGCAAAUGGUGGGAAAUUUGGACCAAGGUUACGUUUUGGGUAAAUGUUUCAUGUUUUUAACUGAUUUGAACACAUAAAAUAAUUGGUUGGUAUCACUUUAAAACACAAGUAAUAGUAAUUAGCAAUAUAGUAAUUAUUUAAUAUUGAUUUAACAAAAAACCAUAUGUGACAUCAUUGCUGGAAAUGCAUCUCACAGCUCCUACUGGUAUUUUACUGCAACACAUUUUCUUGCAUUUACUGUCAAAAUCUGAAAUGGCGCAGUCAGCAUAACACUCAAAUCUCUCUCCAACUCUGAUGUCAUCGGUCAGUUCUGUCUCUGCCUCUCCAGCCUUUCCACCUGCCUGUCAGGUGUUAUAUUUGCUCCUCCCCCUCAGGUUAUAAGUACUAGGCGUUGCAGCCAAUGACAGACAGUUUUACAGGUCACACAGCAUCACCAGCCAAUGACUGAUGAGUUCUUACAGGUUGCAUGUCAUAAACCACGAGUCUCAUUGUUCCCUGUGUGUGUCCGUAAACCUGUCAGAAAAUCUACAUGAAUCUUUCCAGCCUUUUUAAAUGUUUCCAUACCAUUCAUAUGAUUAUUACAUCCUGGCAAUAUGUACAUGAAUUCUAAGCUGUUCAUAAUGUUAGCUUAACUAUUACCUAGAGAGACUGCCUGCUUGUAUAUUCGCUUUAUAUAUCCUACUCUUGUCUUUUUUAAUAACGCUUGAUUCUUGAAUAAACGGAGAAUGCAAUGAAAGACAAAUAAAAUGAGUACGCAGUAAGUAAAUUUGUCCCUGUGUAAUUGCAACUAGAAAAGAAAGGAAAGGUUUGUACUCUGUCCAUUUGUUUCUUUGAGAAAAGCUGAAUGUCAACAGCUGAUCUGAACCAGGUCGCUGUGGAAGUAUGUAGCUCUCUCCCUUUAUAGACCACACUUGAGCAUUUCUUCUGUACAUAGGUGCAUUUUGAAGCGGAUGAAAAACAAAAAAAAGGCAGCAAACAUUAACUAAGUAAAAUGAGAACAUUUGAUCAAAGUGGAUUUUUAAAGGGUUGGGGAUUUUAGUUUUUUCCGACCAAUGUAGCCUGUAACGAGAUAUUAUAACUGCCUCCUGUUUGUCAUAGAAUUCACAAAUAAAUGUUUGUUGGUAUUUA